AUGUACACCUGGACGGCUCUUGCCCUUUCUUUACUGGCUGUAUCUGUUUCGGCCGCUCCUCCCCACCUCGAAGCUCGUAAAGGCGCUGCUCCCGUUGGCGGCCCAGCAUCGGCAAAAACACCACCAACCGAUGGUAGCGCAGGAACAGCAACCACAUUCACAAUAUUAGAAGGCACAUGCACAAUCCCGACUGCCGGUCUUGCGUUUGGAGGUGCAAUCACAGCGACACUCUCAGCAACGCCCAAGACCGGAACCGUAGGCUGCUAUAUUCUCGGUCAUAGUCAGCAGGGCUGCGGUAUCACACUCACAAACAAUCUUUACGGAUGGCCGUUCAACGGCAUCUCUGUCGGCAACAGCGUGGGCUGCGGAAAUGCACCAGCAGGCACUUCAUGGGGCGCUUUUGAGGUCUUGUGUGUUUGA